AACAACCGUACAGAUUCAGUUACAUCCCAGGCUCUCCGAACUUAGUAAAGUGGAAAAUAAUACUUUCGGGAGCGGAAGUCAUUUUCGAAAUGGCUUUUUCUGUGCUGAACACCGUAUCGCGACGUGCGUGCCCUUCGUCACCACUGCAGAACCGCGCCAUUUUCCAUCAUGUGCAGCCGGUGCGUGGCGUUGGCAAGUGGUUCCCGGACCAGCAAUUCAUCGAGCAAUUCAAGGGACCGGUCAUGUACCCGGACGUAGUGACCUCGCGCUGGAAGCUACCACCGUGGAACAGUAAAAUCGCGCCGGUGGAGAAGACGAUCCGCAACCUGAACCUCAACUUUGGACCCCAACAUCCGGCCGCCCAUGGCGUGCUGCGAUUGGUGCUCGAACUGGACGGUGAGACGGUGAUGCGGGCCGAUCCGCACAUCGGGCUACUACACCGUGGUACCGAGAAGCUGAUCGAGUACAAGACCUACACCCAAGCGCUACCGUACUUCGAUCGUCUCGAUUACGUAUCGAUGAUGUGCAACGAGCAGUGCUACUCACUGGCGGUGGAGAAACUGCUCCACAUCGAGAUACCACUCCGGGCGAAGUACAUCCGUGUGCUGUUUGCCGAGCUGACGCGCCUCCUCAACCACAUCAUGGCAAUCGGAACGCACGCACUGGACAUCGGUGCCCUCACUCCUUUCUUCUGGUUGUUCGAGGAGCGCGAAAAGAUGAUGGAAUUCUACGAGCGCGUAUCGGGUGCGCGAAUGCACGCAGCCUACAUCCGGCCCGGUGGCGUAGCGCAGGAUUUACCACUCGGUCUGCUCGAUGACAUCUACGAAUUUGCAGCCAAGUUCGGCGAGCGGUUGGACGAAGUCGAGGACGUGCUGACGACGAACCGCAUCUGGGUGCAGCGCACCGUCGACAUCGGCAUCGUGACGGCCGAGGAUGCGCUCAAUUACGGCUUCAGCGGAGUGAUGCUGCGCGGUUCUGGCAUCAAAUGGGAUUUGCGCAAAGCUCAACCGUACGAUGCGUACGAUCGGGUCGAGUUUGAGGUGCCGAUCGGGACCAAGGGUGACUGCUACGAUCGUUACCUGUGCCGAGUGGAGGAGAUGCGUCAGUCGCUGCGUAUCAUCGAUCAGUGCCUGAACCGGAUGCCGGCCGGUGAAAUCAAGGUGGACGAUGCGAAACUGACGCCAUCGUCCCGUGCCGAGAUGAAGCACUCGAUGGAGGCGCUUAUCCACCAUUUCAAGCUGUUCAGCCAGGGUUAUCAAGUACCGCCUGGUGCGACGUAUACGGCGGUCGAGGCACCGAAGGGCGAAUUCGGCGUCUACCUGGUGUCGGAUGGUUCCAGUCAACCGUACCGUUGCAAGAUUAAGGCACCCGGGUUUGCCCAUCUGGCGGCGCUUGACAAAAUUGGCCGGCAUCACAUGCUGGCCGACGUAGUGGCCAUCAUCGGUACGCUCGAUGUCGUGUUCGGUGAGAUCGAUCGCUAA